AGCUGAGGCGGAGAUGCAAAGACCAAGCCACCGGCCAUUUCGCUGUCACAGGUCAGCUUCAUCGGGGACUGAUUAAAGGGAACCGGUGCUAGUUCAACUGGAAUUGCAUCAUGAAUGGUUUGAAGCGGCAAUCAUCAUCAUCAGACACUUGGUUAACCAAUCCAAAGGCCUCUGCAGACAUGGCUGCUUGGUUCGAACGUCUGAAGAAAAGCUAUACUCGAAACUUUGUAUACUCCGAAGAACCAGGUACGUUCCUCUACUUUAUGCAAACCGCUGCUUUGAAGUGGAAAGAAGGUCUUAUGGUCCAAUAGUCUUUGUCCAUAUGUCCAAUAUCCGCCGUUCAGGCGACGUGUCGAUGCAUUCCCUUCCUUUUCAAGAUUUUCUAGAAGAUGAUUGCCGUUUCCUCUUGUUCUUGCUGGCCAUGAACGAUAAUUUAUUAAUGGGCGAUAUCAAAUCCGAUCCCAAUGUUAAAUUAUGCUGGAGUAUGCCAAAAACGAAAGAGCACUUUUAUCUUCAGGGCAAGUUUUACAUUGCUUCGGCGCCAAUCCAAGUCACGCGGUUCCCCCCACCUAAAAUCGUCGAUAGCGAUGUGUCUGCGGUGGACUAUUGGGAAGCAGAACGAUCUAAGCAGUGGAAGCAAUUGGACAAACGUACUCGAGCCACGUUCACUUGGCCAGCCAGUCGAGAAGCGCCCAAGUCCGACAACAUUGCCUUUUCGUGCUUAUCUCUAGAUGCACUUCCAUCCGAGCCUCUCAAAGCCAAACCUGAGCCUAUCAAGAUUGUUCAUGAUAUCGCUAUGGACAACUUUUGUUUGUUGAUCUUCAAAAUCUCGGCAGUUGAGCAUUUCGAUUACAGUGUGUUUCCAGCCAAACGAACGAUAUAUACGCUCCAAGGCGGCGAUUGCCAGGUCGUGGAAGCCAACCCUUGAUCACGUGACCAGCCUCAAUCAUCAUUUUUCAUUAAUUUUGACUGCAACUUUCCCACGAACAUCAAACCUUUCUUCUUUGUUCGCUUUC